AUGAGUUGGUUCCAAUGUUGCAUGUCAGAGGAGAGAAUCAAUAGAAAUGCUUUGAAAAAGAGCAUUAAGGAGUACAAUGACACAAAAACUUUAGCCUCAUUUGCCAAUCUUUCCUUCAAGUCUGGUAAAAAUAGAGGAAGGUACACAAAUAAGGGGAUAAAGAAGUUACGAAAAAGAAACAUCUUAACUCAAACUUUUACAUUUCGUGAGCUAUGUGUUGCAACAAAUAACUUCAACAACGAAAAUCUAUUGGGGGAAGGUGGUUUUGGAAGGGUUUACAAAGCCCUCAUUGAAAGCACAAACCAAGGAACGGCCGUGAAGCGACUUGAUCCAAAUGGAUUUCAAGGGGAUAGAGAAUUUCUUGUAGAAGUUUUGAUGUUGAGCCUUCUUCACCAUCCCAAUCUUGUCAAUUUGGUUGGGUAUUGUGCUGAUGCAAAUCAAAGGAUUUUGGUUUAUGAGUAUAUGGCUAAUGGUUCCUUGGAGGAUCAUCUUCUUGAUACACCUUCAACCAAGCCACCUCUAGAUUGGAACACAAGGAUAAAAAUCAUCGGAGGAGUCGCAAGAGGACUCGAAUACUUACACGAAACCGUCAAUCCUCCUGUGAUAUACCGCGACUUUAAAGCUUCAAACAUUUUGUUGGAUAAAGAAUUCAAUGCAAAGCUUUCUGAUUUUGGCCUUGCAAAGAUAGGUCCCAUCGGAGAUAACUCUCAUGUUUCCACCAGAGUUAUGGGAACUUAUGGUUAUUGUGCUCCUGAAUAUGCACUUACAGGACAAUUGUCGACCAAAUCCGAUGUCUAUAGUUUCGGCGUCGUCUUCUUGGAGAUAAUCACAGGAAGAAGAGUUAUUGACAAUACGAAACCAACUGCACAAAAGAACUUAAUUUCUUGGGCACAACCACUUUUCAGAGACAGAAGGAAAUUCACACUAAUGGCAGAUCCAAAGCUAGAAGGAAAUUACCCAGUGAAGGCUCUUUAUCAAGCUCUAGCAGUUGUAGCCAUGUGUUUACAAGAGGAAGCAAACACUCGGCCAUUGAUUAGCGACGUGGUUACGGCACUUCAAUAUUUAGCUGUAAACAAGCACGUCGAUGAAGAUGUAGAUGACGAAUCAGAUUCGGUGUCGGGAUCAGGAACAGAAUUUAGUUCAUAUUCAUGUUCAACCUCUCCUGAUAGAAGAAGUGAUCUUGGAGGUAAAAAUGUUGAUGUUGAAGGUGAUGGGAGGUGA